AUGCUCCUGUUAUCAGUUUUGCUGCUCAUGUCCCAAGCCAGGAGUGCACAUCUCGCAUGCGGCAAAAGACCCAUUUAUGAGGAAAAAUUUCAGCAUUCCAGAAUCAUAGAGGGAAUGGAGGCUGAGGAGGGUGAGUUCCCAUGGAUGGUGAGUAUUCAGGCAGGAAAUCAACAUUUCUGUGGCGGUGCGAUCAUCAACAAUUGGUGGAUUAUCACUGCGGCUCACUGCUUAUCUAAUGAUGAACUAAAUCCCAUGGACUUGAGCAUUGUGCUGGGAACCAACGACUUGCAGAGCCCCUUCCUGGAAGUGAAGGGGGUCACCAGCAUAGUGAUUCACAAGAACUUCGAAAGGUUCACCAUGGACAACGACAUCGCCUUGCUGCUGUUGAACACAGAGAUCAAGUUUAGCGGCCUGAAAGAACCCAUCUGCAUGCCCAGGCAGCCCGGCUCCGCCAAGUGGAACAAAUGCUGGGUGGCAGGAUGGGGGCAGACCAAACCUGAUGAUAAAAACUCUGAAUCCAGUGACCUGAUGAAAGUGCCAAUGGUCAUCAUGGAUCGAAGAGAAUGUACAAAGGUGUUUCCAAAGCUUACCAAAAACAUGCUGUGUGCUGGGUAUGUGAACAAGAGCUACGAUUCCUGCCAGGGUGACAGUGGAGGGCCCCUAGUCUGCACCACAGAAUCCGACAGGAAGUGGUACCAGGUGGGCAUCAUCAGCUGGGGAAGAAGCUGUGGACGGAAGAACAUUCCAGGAAUUUACACCUUGUUAGAUAAUUAUGGCCCCUGGAUCAAGAAGGUGACGGAGGUGGAGGGAAGGUCCUAUGACCCUGAGAAAGUGAGAACUGAGGAGGUGAGAGCUCCUUCCCCAGAGACACAGAUGAGAUCCAAGGCCUCAGAAUUCCCAGAGCCCAGUGGCCCCAGACUCUGGCUCCUGCUCUGCCUUCUGUCCUACAUACUGUUCUAG